AUGAUCCCAAGUAAUACUCGUUGUGCAGCUUGCAAACAUUUAAGAAGGAAAUGUCCAUCAGAUUGCAUAUUCUACCCAUAUUUUCCAUCAAAUAAUCCUCAAAGAUUUGCUUAUGUUCACAAAAUCUUUGGUGCCAGCAACAUUAGCAAAAUGCUCAAGCAACUUCCAGAGCAUCAAAGAGCUGAAGCAGCAAAUUCAUUAUAUAUGGAGGCUGAGUUUAGAGUACAAGAUCCAGUAUAUGGAUGUGUUGGUGUAAUCUCUGACUUGCAACAACAAAUUCAGACUACACAGUUCCAACUAGCUGAAACCCAAGCUCACAUGACUUUCAGCAAACCCCAUCAACCAAAUGAAGACCAACACCAACUACAGCAACAACCGUAUCCACCGCAAACUUUCUCACCGUUGAGUUCUGAACAGAUUGGAGUAGAGGGUACCAGUCACAGUUUCUUGAACAACACUAUGUUGCAUCAAUCUCCUCCUCUCCCUGACAAUCACUAGUGCUUCGUUUCGGUUUUUUCA